GAGGAGGGCGGGGUCUCUUUCGCUCUCUUGGGCAGAGUCGCUCGGCGCAAGGAGACUUCGCGGCUGACCGACGCCGGGCGGGGCAAAGAGCCGUCUGCGAGCGCUGGGAGGCGGAGGUGGGUGGUGGGAGGUUAAAUCGAGCUCAGUCAGCCGGCCAAGCGCGCGUUGCUGGGCGCCGGUAGGAUGCGGUCCGAGUAGGCGCUGAGCAAAGGGGAGUUUCUGCGUGGGCUUCGUCGGGGAGAGAAGGCAAGAUGAACGGGCCCGAAAGCAUCAAUUUCAGGCGGAUGGCCAUCCGCAGGAAAUCCAGCCCCAGCUUGCACAGCUCGGCCUUCGUCUUCCAGAGCCCCGCUGCCGCUUCGCGCCUUCAGUCCCCCGCGGCGCCCUCGAGGGAAGCGGGACAGGCGGCGACGGCAGCAGCAGCAGGUGGCAGUAGGUGUCCAAAGAUCUUAGUCGCUCCAACCUGCUCUUUAGACAGUACAAUUCGGCUGUACAAGCCAAGCACCUGCAAUGAAGUGGUUCAAGGAGUAAAUGGAAACGAUCCAGUUAAGUGUUUUCCGUGGCCAGCUUCAAACUCCAAGCCACAAGUGCCUCCAAAGCCAUUACAUCUGCAGAAUUCACAGUCAUCCAUUACCCACCAAACCUCUAAGUCUAAAGCUUUGUAUACCACGAAGCCAAGAAUGGAGGAAAUUACACCUAUCUCUUCUUGUGUCUCGAAAGAAAAAUCUAGUAAAGUGUCUGAUCUCAUCAGUCAUUUUGAAGGAGGCAGCACAUCCUUUUCCAAUGAGCUGAAGAAAGACUCUUCUGUUUUAAAUGUUGGUAAACCUCAAGGAAAAUAUGGACCAGUGCCAUCACCUCAGACAAAAUUCCUCACACAGCAUCCCCUCCACGAGCAGGGAAACAGUAGAGAUUGGUCUCAGGAUGUACAGAAUCACACAGCCAAUGGCAUAAUAGCACAGAAUCAUUGGGACUCCCAAGAGAAGCGGUCUGCCCACCGUGCCUGCAGAAACAUUCAAAAUGACUGUGAUGCCGUUGAGAGCAGUUUGGUAAAUGGAGAAAGAGGAAACACUAGUACGGACUCAUUGCCAACCACAGCAACUUACAAGGGGCCGAAGAUCAAGAGCCAUCUCUGGGCUCCAGGUGCCAAUUCAUUCCCAUCUGUAAAAGAAGCUGGAGAGAUGAUUGCCAAUAAGGAAGAGAAGCGGGUUGAGCAAAGCAGUCAGCGAGACCCUAACACGGAGACAAAGGAAACAAAUGAAGAGAAAUGUUACAAAAUUGCAAAUGAGCUUUUGCACACUGAAAGGGCUUAUGUGAUUAGACUUGCUCUCUUGGAUCAGGUCUUUUAUUGCAAACUAAUGGAUGAAGCUAACCGGGGAUCAUUUCCAUCUGAAGUUGUUAAUAAAAUAUUUUCCAACAUUUCAUCCAUCAAUCAGUUCCAUAGUCAGUUCUUACUACCUGAGCUUGAGAAAAGAAUGCAAGAAUGGGACACCAACCCCAGAAUCAGUGAUAUUCUGCAGAAACUGGCUCCUUUUCUCAAGAUGUAUGGAGAGUACGUGAAGAACUUUGACAAUGCAAUGGAGCUGGUGAAAACUUGGACGGAGAGAUCACCUUGUUUCAAAUCCAUUAUUCAAGAUAUUCAGAAACAGAAAGUUUGCGGAAAUCUGACUUUGCAGCAUCACAUGCUAGAACCUGUACAACGAAUCCCAAGAUAUGAGAUGCUGUUGAAGGAUUAUUUGAGAAAAUUACCUGCAGAUUCUCUAGAUUGGAAAGAUGCUGAAAAGUCCUUGGAAAUUAUAUCCACAGCUGCAAGUCACUCUAACAGUGCCAUCCGGAAAAUGGAAAAUUUGAAGAAGUUGCUAGAGGUGUAUGAAAUGUUAGGAGAAGAAGAAGAUAUUGUCAAUCCUUCAAAUGAACUGAUAAAAGAAGGGCAAAUACUUAAGCUUGCUGCUCGCAACACAUCAGCUCAAGAAAGAUAUCUCUUCUUAUUCAAUAAUAUGUUGCUGUACUGUGUACCAAAAUUCAGCUUAGUGGGAUCUAAGUUUACAGUCCGGACCAGAGUUGGCAUUGAUGGUAUGAAGAUUGUAGAAACCCACAAUGAAGAAUACCCACACACUUUUCAAGUGUCUGGGAAAGAAAGAACUUUAGAGUUGCAGGCCAGCUCUGAACAAGACAAAGAAGAAUGGAUAAAGGCUCUUCAGAGUACGAUAGAUGCUUUUCAGCAAAGAAAUGAAACAUUCAGAAAUGCCAUUGCAAAGGAAUACGAUGACAUGCCUAUUGAGGUUUCUACUGCUGAGCUCGGGAAGAGAGCCCCAAGAUGGAUCCGAGACAAUGAAGUGACUAUGUGUAUGAAAUGCAAAGAGCCAUUUAAUGCACUGACAAGGAGGAGACAUCAUUGCCGAGCUUGUGGGCAUGUGGUUUGCUGGAAAUGUUCUGAUUAUAAAGCUCACCUUGAGUACGAUGGCAAUAAGCUGAACAAAGUCUGUAAAGAUUGCUACCACAUUAUAACAGGGUGCACUGAUAGCGAAGAAAAGAAAAAAAGAGGAAUCUUGGAGAUUGAAUCAGCAGAAGUGUCGGGAAAUAGUGUGAUAUGUAGUUUUCUGCAGUAUUUGGAAAAAUCUAAAACAUGGCAAAAGGCUUGGUGUGUGAUACCUAAACAUGAAGCCCUUGUUUUAUAUAUGUAUGGCGCUCCACAGGAUGUCAAAGCCUUGGCUACCAUUCCUCUUUUGGGCUACGCAGUAGAUGACACUCCAAGAAGCGCUGACCUCCCGCAUAGUUUCAAAUUGACUCAGUCUAAAUCUGUGCACAGUUUUGCAGCAGAUAACGAAGAGCUUAAACAGAAGUGGUUGAAAAUCAUCUAUUUAGCUGUUAAAGGUGAAACACCAGACUGCUGCAACGAUUCACAAAUCAGUUUGGAGGAUCAGCAGGAAAGCACUGCCAAACUGGAAUCCACCAAUGGUCUGUAAAGCUGUUAUUUGUCCCAUUCCUGUUGGGGUUGACACUACUUCCUAAAAACAAAUUUGAAAAGACGCCAGCCUUUCUGCCAUGUUUCUUAGCACUUUAUGUUGGAAAAGAACAAAAGAGUCCAUAUCGUUUUAGAGAAAUUGUCCUUAACGUUUAUGUUAUGUCAAUAAAAUUAAUGUACAGAA